UUUUGCAGAAACACCCCUGCAUUUGAGAGUAUUCGGUCCGUGAUCCUUAUGUGUAUUAUUUUGCAGGGGCGGCCAUGGCAGGGAGGGGAGGCGACGCUGCGCUCCGGAUGCGGCAGGGAGGCGGAAGCCCCGCGAGGAGACGAAGGAGCAGAAAAUGAAGAGGCAUGGAGGAGAGGCGGGCGAGCGGGAAGGGCUGGGGCGUCGCCCACGACGCCGAGCUUGACGGCGGCCUUGCGGUGGCGCAGCCGGCAAGGACCUGUCGGAUCUGGCCGGAUCCGGUGGGAUACGGCGCGCAUGCGGCGGAUCUGGAAGGAAGGCGACCGGGGCGUGGAGUACGAUGGCUGACAUGCGCGGCAUGGCCGAAACCGACGAGAGAAGAGAGAGAUGGAGAGAAAAGAGAGGACGGGAAGGAGACGAGACGCCAGAGGAGAGAGAAGGGGGUGGUGGUCACUUCAACGGGCUGCAGCGCGGCGCCGCCCCGGCCGCUGAGCCUGCCCGACCGCCCCGUCGCCAAGUCGCCACCCCACUGACUGCCCUGGGCUCGCCCUUUAAACCAAUUCAGAGCCAGCGAUUGUUGCCCACAUCGCCGAACCUGGCUCCCCUUCUCCACCCCAGCAAGCACGCGCGCUUGAAGGCGCCCAGGAGCUCGCCGGCAACACUCAGCAGACGCAGGAGAGCUGCGUGCCUGGUGCGUGUGAAUGUGUGGACGCGAGGCAUUGGAGGCCUCAGCAAGUUAACAAAUUAUAUUGCCCUGUACUACUUUUUAACAAAUUGGCUCCUACAAAGACUAAUGGAAGGAUCAUCAGACCAACGUAGUCAAAUUGUCUGCUUCAAAUUUUCGGUUUUGGAGCUGAUCAGUAGCACGCUGACAUGCAUCAGGAAGCCGACGGACAGCCAUAGUAGGAAGGCGUGGAUCUUGAGCUGCAGCGACAACGACAACUUGGGCGUUACCUGCAAAAAUACAACAGUUCAAGGGUUUAACCAAGUUCAACUAUUCAGACUAUUGACUAGGGACGAUAUUUUCAGUCCUACUGAGUCUGCAAAGGAUGAGCCAAGCCAAGAUUAAUUAUGGUUUUGGUAAAUUGCAUCGGUUUACUUAUGUACCUGCUCCUUAGAUGACUGUGUAUUUGUGAUUCAGUCGUUGAAAUUUGGGUGCUUUCUUCGAGUGUCCUGAAAAAUGGUUCAAUGCGUGUUUGCCAGAAACUGUAGAUUAGCAAGACUAACUUGUGUUGAGCAUGUCAGUCUAUGUGUGGGCACGAGUGACAAUGUAAAUUAUGGUAGACACGAUUUUCUUGAAAAAAGUCCCGGAGACGGGCUGCUGCUGCUGCUGCUUUUAAUAGCCAAAGUGGAGACUGCAGUUCUAAGACUUCAAGGAGGAAAGGAAUACAUGGUUGCUACUUGGAGAGGUGAGUUGUUUCCCUGCAGAACAAUAAAUCUCUUAGAGUUGUUUAACUGAACCUGUUCCACUCUCAUUGUUAUGUUGAGAUAAAAAAAUUUAUUGGUCACUCAGUGCCCAAACUGUCGUGGAUUAAUUUGACUUGAAUUGGAUUGUACUUCAAGAGUCCACAAGAUGUCAUUUCUGAGUGUGGUACUAAUUUCGGCACAUAGCACCAAUUUCUAAAAAUAAGGCUGGGCAACAUGAGCCAACCACAGGGGAGGAUGUUUCAAGAGAAUAAACUCACUGUAGUUGCCGAAUUGGUAUUAGUAAGUUGCUGUUUCAACUUCCUAGAGAACAACAGGGGGUGUAUUUUUUUUACUAUUAUUAGUUGCAGCACAUGGCGACGAUGAUGAGGACUUGUAUUUUUAAGAUGCUGCACCUCUGUUUUUUGUUGAUCUUUGUUUCAUGUAUAUAUGUACAUUCUAUGGAAAUGUAUCAUCGGAAAUGUGAAUUCAUAACUCUAUGGUUGAUGUAUCUAUUGAUAUUGACGUGUCUAUUAAUAUUAAGUUCUUUUUUUAAUUGUUUCUUA